AGAAGACCUUUACCCUGGAAGACGUCUUCAACAGUUCAUUGAAGCCAAAGUCUUACAGCAUGAGGUGGAUUUCUGAUCACGAGUAUCUGCGUAAUUCAAAGGGUUCUGUCUUCCUUCAUGACUUGGCCAAAAAUACGGUCUUGGAAUUCUUGAGCAGUGACAAGUUUGAUGCAGCACAGGCCUACGAUUACCAGCUGUCCACUGACCACAGAUAUGUUGCAUUCAUGAGCAACUACAUGAAGGUUUGGAGACAUUCAUUUACAGCCUCGUAUUCGCUGUAUGACCGGCAAGCAGACAAAUUUAUCAGUCCCUCUGACAUUCCUGACGAUGUCCAGUACUUCGCCUGGGCCCCUGAAGGGAACAAACUGGCCUAUGUGUGGGACAACAACGUGUACAUAAAGACGAGCCCGGAGUCGUCCUCACAGCAAGUCACGUUUAACGGGCUGCGGGAUCAGAUUUUAAAUGGGAUCCCAGAUUGGGUGUAUGAGGAGGAGAUGUUCUCGUCCAAUCAGGGCCUCUGGUGGUCACCUGGAGGGAGGCGCGUGGCCUAUGCUGAGUUUAAUGACACUGGGGUUAGCACGAUAGAGUACUCCUGGUUUGGCGAUAGACAGUACCCUGGUACUGUUUCCAUUCCCUAUCCAAAGCCAGGCACUCCAAACCCAGUAGUGAAGCUGUUUGUUGUGGACACUAGUAACACAACAGUAGUCACUGAAGUUGUUGUUCCAGCCUUAUUCAGCACAGUUGAGCACUACUUGGCAACUGUUACUUGGGUGACAGAUGAGCGUUUGGCUGUUCAGUGGCUAAAGCGAGUACAAAACCAUCUCAUCCUUCAGAUCUACAGCUUUAACGGAACUAGUUGGAAUCCUGUCGAGGAUCAGGAGAUACGUCAGAGCGGCGGAUGGAUUGGAAGGUUUUCCCCGGCAGAGCCUGUAUUUUCUGCCGACAAGAACAGCUACUAUUUGGUCAUGAGCGACAGCAAUAAGUACAAGCACAUCCAGCAUGUGAAUAAGGGAGUCAUUACGCCCAUUACUUCGGGAUCCUGGGAAGUUUUAGACAUCUUGAAAGUCACAGAGGAUAGCGUAUAUUAUUCAAGCAAUGAAAAGGACGGCAAGCCAGGAGGAAGGAACAUUUACAAGUGGACCAACGGAGCAAGCACAUGUCUGACUUGUUCGUUUCAUGUAGACUGUGAAUAUAACUCGGCUUACUUCAGCCACAAUGCCUCUUAUUAUCGUUUGAGCUGCAGUGGUCCCGGCAUUCCAUCAUAUGCUCUCAUGGAAACUACGAGCAAUAACCAAAUCAAAGCGUUGGAGGACAACAGUGUAUUUAGGCAACAAAUUUCCCAAGUCUCAAUGCCCACCAUGCAUCUCUGGUAUCAGAUGUUUUUACCUCCAGGCUUCGAUGAGUCCAAGAAGUACCCAUUACUCAUAGACGUGUAUGCAGGACCCUGCAGUCAGAAAGCAGACUUCAGGUACAGGGUGAGCUGGUCCACCUACCUUGCCAGUACUGAGAAAAUCAUUGUUGCAAGCUUUGAUGGAAGAGGAAGCGGUUACCAGGGCGACGAGUUAAUGCACGAACUCUACAAACGUCUGGGAACCUAUGAGGUGGAAGAUCAGAUAAAGGCCGCACAGGAAUUUGUCAAAAUGGGCUUCAUUGACAAGGACAGGGUUGCAAUUUGGGGAUGGUCCUAUGGUGGAUAUGUGACUUCAAUGGUGUUGGGCUCUGGCAGCGGAGUUUUCAAAUGUGGGAUGGCAGUGGCUCCAGUGUCCAAAUGGGAAUAUUACGAUUCCAUCUACACAGAGCGCUACAUGAUGCAGCCUUCGGAGAAUCCCGACGCCUACAAUAACUCAACGGUAACUGCCAGGGCCAAGAAUUUCCACGCGGUGCAGUAUCUUCUAGUUCACGGAACUGCUGAUGAUAAUGUUCAUUUCCAGCAGGCGGCUGAGAUCUCAGAGGCUUUGGUGGAUGAACAGGUGGACUUUGAUGCCAUGUGGUACACUGAUAAGGAUCAUGGCCUCACCGGUUCUGCAAAUCAACAUGUCUACACUCACAUGAGUCACUUCCUACUGCGGUGUUUUUCCUAAAACUCACUGAAAUACCACAGAAAUAAUGCAGUGGUUAACACAUUUGGCCUCCAUGUCGCUGCAUGACUACAAAAUGCUCUGAACUUUUUUUUUUCCCUCAUGACAAAUCUCCAUGAAACUUUGAUUUAUUUUAUACAGUUUGUAAAUCUAAUACAGUAUUUAAAAUAUGUCGAAGCUCAGGAAAAUAUGUGACAGCAUCAAUUGUGGAACACACCGAUAUAUUUUGAAAGUGCAACCGUAUUAUUAUAUUAAAUUAUGCAUACACAUGUAAGGCACCAACUUGAUUGUAUACAAUUUGACAAAAAAAAAUUAUUUUCUUUUGUUGUUCGUUGAAUUGAAUUUUUUUUAAUAAACUCAAUUUUAAAAAAGCCACUGCUGUGUGUUGUUGUGUAAUUCAGACUUAAAAACUAUUAAUGUAUUUGAAUAGUGGGCAUAAAAGAUGGAUUUCCCCAAUUUGAGAUUUUUUGACAUAAAGAAAAGCACCUUCUCAAGGUGCUCAGGACCUUUUGCACCUGCAGCAUUGAGGGUGUUUGGGCUGGGAGCAUCAUCACCUGGAUGGGCAGCAGCACCCAGCAGGAGUUCCCGGCCCUGUGGAGGGGGGUCCGCUCAGUUUUUGUGUACCAUCAGAACCACCACCCUCUCCAAACUGCAAGACAUUUACUACAACAAUGCAGGCAGGAAGAGAGGCUGCCCGCCUGCUCACUGGUACAACACACUCAAUGCCAACACAAGAAUUAAUUUUCAUCCAUAUGUAUUAUUUGUUUUAUUUUAGUCUUUGCACUUGAUCAGUGCAUAAGAAUUGUCACUGUACGUUGCACUAUGUAUAACUCUGUUUAUGUCUAAUUAAAGUCCUGAAUCUUGAA